AUGACGACAGGACUCCCAUCAUCCAUGAGCUUUGGCGAAGAAGAAGAGCCAGAUUUCAUGAAGAAAUUGGCUGAAAAGGCCAAAGAGCAACCCUUAGUCCCAAUUGGUUCUAUCCUUACUGCAGGAGCUGUGAUAUUAGCAGCAAGGUCGAUGAAAAGAGGGGAAAAGAUUAAAACGCAAAGAUAUUUCAGGUACAGAAUUGGUUUCCAAUUGGCAACUUUAAUUGCAUUGGUUGUAGGGGGUAUGACUUUCGGAGUAGCCACACAUGAACAGAAAAAGUCCAAAGAAGAGAAAUUAAAGGAGAAGGCCAAACAAAGAGAGAAAUUGUGGAUUGAAGAGUUGGAGAGAAGAGAUGCAAUUAUUCAAGCCAGAAAAGAGAGAUUGGAACAAUCGAGAAAAGAGUUGAGAAACUUGGCAAAGCAGGGAUUUGAAAAUGAAAGGGGAGACGCAAAAUCCGACACAAUCGAUCUGGAGAAAGUUGAUUCAAACAAUUGA